AUGCAAACUGUACGUGGUGAACCAGUCAUUGAAAAUAUCAGAGAACAUUUAGAUAAAAUACCAACACCAGAAAAUAGAAAAUAUGUGAAUGAUGCCACUACAUAUAAAUCAACACAAACAUAUCUUAGAUUUUAUGGUAGCACUGAUAAAGGUGAGAUAAGAUACGAAAAAUCACCACAAUUUCACAGAAUUUUAAGAGAAAACGGUUUCUCAAUGGAUCCAGUUCAAAAAGUUUCUUUAUUUAGACAAGGCAAAGUUAGAGUUGUUGGUCCACAUCAAGUUAUCCCAUUAAAAGGAGAAAAAUUGGAUAUUCCAAAAUAUUAUUCAAAUCAAGAAAUUGAUUAUAAAGCAUAUUUUGAAACCCUCAAACCAACUGAAACUCACUAA